AUGUACAACAGUAACAAACGUCCCACUACUUCCAAACCCUUCAAUCCCGCUCACACUCAUCCCGCAUCCAUAUCAUCCUUACCAUCAAUUCAAACCCGUCAACACAUCAGUGCAGCCUCCUCAUCAAAUGACAAAUCAUCAGUACCACCAGAGGGUAUACAAUCAGGUGGAGGAGGCGGUGGCGGUGCUGGAGCUGGGUCAUCGGAAGGUAUCGAUGGAUUAGGUGAUGAUGAAAAGAAAGAAUCGAAUAAAGAGGGGAAAGGGAAUAAUACGGAUAGCGACCCAAAAUGGAGUGAUCCAAAAGUAGUACACCCCGCCUGGGAGGGGUUUGGGAAAGGACCCGCUCAAGAGGAAAAAGCAACAAUCGAGGAUAAGAAAAGAGAUGGAAAGUCCAAACUUUAG